AUGCGAUGGGUUCCGAUUCUCUUAGUAUUUGUCCAGGUUCACAGGUAAGCGAACUCAGGGUACUCUCUGGGAAUGAAAAAAUUGCAGUGUUCCGACUAGACGAGCGAAGAUAUUUAUGAGUAAGAUAAGAAGUGGUAAAGAGUGAUUAAAAAGCAGAGGGUUAUAGCCAGCAUCGACUUGGAUACGAAUCGAAAAAGUAACAUUGAUCCAGAAGUGGUUCAUGAUAUCGGAUCAGAGUUACCCCCUGUCAAAAGGAAUUUCAGUACUCAAGGUAAAGUUCCCGUUAGAUAGAGAGGUAAAGACUGUACGGUUUCAGCUCCAGAUUACGGUGAUUAUGAUGACUAUGAGCUGACGGCAAAAGCGGAUGAAACAACAACAGCUCGUCCAACGGUAAUAAAAAGAGACAAAAGACACGUUGAAGAUAUUGUUCUUUCAGUCGGCCGUAUUGGAUUCUCAGUUUAAACCUCAUCUGAAGAUAUCAUUGAAAUCGCAGAGAAGCAGCAGUGAAGUAGGCCAAACCCAAAGUUUACUUUCAUUAUUGUUCAUUCAGGUUAGAGACGAAGUGUCACGGUUAAUGGGCGACUUGCACAGAGAAGAGAUCACGAUGAGAACUACAGUAACCAAGGAAAUAUGACAAUGACGACGGAGAAACCGGAAACGACGACGAGUGUUGACAAGUUGUUGGGCAACGAGACAAUGUUCUUCGAGGAAGAAGAAGGUUCUGGAGAAGAAGGUGAAUUGCUGAACUUGACGCUCACGACCACCCGGCAGCCUCUUCUUAUCACGACUCUCAUCCAGGAGGUAUUGUUUUCUCGUUUCCUCUUGUGCGAAUGUUGUUCAGGUGAAGUCAGUGCCUGUGACUGAACGUCCGGAUCCUUACGAACACCUCGAUUACGAUCUGAGCGAUCACAGAAACAUAAAUAAACCGGGAAAGACGGAGAAACCAGAUAGACUGAAGAAGUACAAAAGCCAGAUUGUCAGCAGAAUUCACUUUUUCUAAUUCUGUUUAUUUCUGUUUCAGCUUCACGGCGGAGCAGUCGAACCGAUCGCAAAAACUCUGAUUGAGACGACCACAGUGAUCGGUAAACCGAAAAGAAGGAAGGGACUUCGAAAGUUGAACAGGAUUGACAAGAUGAAGAAAGUGAAGUAUUUGAAUAAGAGAGUGCGGGCGCAGAACAGAAUGCGACUGAGGAAGGUGUUUUCGAAAAUGAUAUUCGGAUCAAGAGACCGGGUGGCGGCAGGCCACAGAUCAGUCAAACUGAAGUUCGUCGGAAGCAAUGGAGUUGUGACUCCGGCCCCGUUCAAUGCGGAAUCUGUGAGACUGAACAAGAUUGACUCGAAGACGAAAAGAGCGAGAAGAGAUAAGAGAGAAGUGGACGAGGAAGCAGGAUCACUGUCAGCCCAGCUGCAAGUGUUGGACCAAGAGUCGGUGUCCGCAGGGGGAGGAUGGGAGACUGUUCCGAUUGAGACGAACAUCAUUGAGUCGAGCAACUACGAGCCGCACCCUUCGCAUCACUUGGUGGGCAGGACUCAAGUGGAACCGAGUCCGACGAUGAAUGAGGUGGCAGAGGAAGAAGAAGAUGGAGAAGAAGAUGAGUACUCGAAGGCAGUCGAUGCGUUGCCAAUGAGGAGUGGGUUGGUGCAAGUGAAUCUGAAAGGGAAUUCCGUGAGCAAUGAGCCCAGGAAGUUGAAGAUUGUCGCAUUGAAAUCAAUGAAGAAAGUGAAUAAGAAAGAGAGAGGAACGAACGGAGUGGCCCUGGUUGCUCCGUCAGCCAAGAGACCAACGUGAGUACUCAUUGCCCCAUUUAACCUCUCCGAUCUCUGUUCAGAAUGCUCGAACUGCUCAUCGGCGACUUCCUCGGCCGCGUGCCCCCAACUGCUCGCUCUCCGUACCUCUUGCGGGAGCAAUGGUCCUAA